GGGAACCGCGACUGAACCGCGCUGCGAGCAGCCACCCCGGGAGAAAGGGCCCGGGUUGAAGCGCGGUCGGAACCUGACACCCACAGCCGAUCCCAAGGCGUGCACCGGAGAACGGGGCGGCCCGGUCCUUGGAUAUCGGCCACUCUCUGCCGAGCGCCGAGAAACAAGUGCGCCCUCCCCCUGGAAGGGGCUGGGGGGCUCCGGCGGCGCCCCUGAUGUGGGCUGGGGAGCGGUCCGGCCUACGGGAGCGGCCCCGGGAAUCCGUGGAGCCCCCGCGUCCCUGGGCGCCGCUGGGGGCGCGGGUCCGGGCCCGCUGGCCAAGUUUGAGGAGCGAGAGAUGGCAAGUCUGGGGCGGCCAAAACUUUGCUGGGGCCCCGGAUCAAGCCUGUGGCCUGCCGCCCCCCCACCCCGGAUUCCCUCUGCAUCACUACUGCACCCUGCCUUUGGGGGCUCCGGGCGGGGCGGCGGGAGGCCGGGCGGGGGGCGAGACGGAAACCUGGUCUCGGGAAAGGCGGCGGGGGCCUGGGGGCGAGAGGGAAAUCCCAGUCAACGGAAAGGCUGGCUUCCCAAAGAUGCUCUGUCCCGGGGGACACAGGGACACACUGGGCCCCAAAGACGGGUCCAGGUGUUCACAGAAGGCCGGGCCAGAGGGGCCGCGGCGAGAACCGGGGCUGGGGCGAACCGGGGCGGGAAGGAGAGGAGGGCGGCGGGCAGGGGCGGGAGCGCGGAGCGGGGAGAGGCUGCCGAGAGCGGCGGGCAGGACGCGGAGGCUGCUGGCACGCGGGCCGCGGCCGAGGCGGCCACGGGGGACACGAGCGGCCGGCGGGUGAGGCCGCGGACAAGGGGCAGCCGCCACCGGCCCUGGGCAGGUGAUGGUUUGGCUCCAAGAGGAAGGGGGAAGGGAGACGGGCAGGCAUCGGUCUGGGGCCCGUGCCAGCAACUGCGCUUCUCCGGGGCGGCCAGCAGAGGGGCGAGGGGCCCACCGGAGAGAAAGGCAGGCCAGGCUCAGAAGGGAGGCUGUGCCAGGCAUGACAGCUACCUCGGGGUGCGAGAAGGAGUUGACAAAGCAGAUUUCAUGGGUGAACUGGUGAAGGAAGCAGCGGAACUGCAAGAGGUCAUGCAGAUGGAAAAUGCUGAAAAACACCUUGGCAAAAAAUUGCAUUGGACUGUAGUCGUUUGUAUCCUAAAGAGAAACACAAAAAGGCUGAGGACUGGGACUUUGUGA